GACUUGGAAAUUUAAGCUAAAAAGGCCCUCCAAUUCAGAAAUCCCUUGGCAUCUGCAGAAAACAAAAAGAAUGGCUUCCAUCACCAUGACAGCACCAUUCCUCUGCGCCACUAGCCUCACAAAAGGUACCCCCAGAAAUGGGCAGCGGAGACUUGUUGUGGUCGCCAAAGCUGCUAAAGGAGCUGAAGUGGAGGGUGUCCAGUUGAGUGGUGAGACCAACAAUGGCAGGAGGGAGUUGAUGCUUGCAGCAGCUGCUGCUGCUCUUUGCUCUGUUGCGGGGGUUGCAAUGGCAGAGCCUAAACCGGGCAGUUCUGAGGCCAAGAAAGCGUAUGCUCCUGUUUGUGUCACCAUGCCAACUGCUAGGGUCUGUCGCAACUGAGGCACUGUAUUGCUCGAGUAGUUCGGGGAUGACUAAUG